GUAUUAGUGAAGAAGCAAACAAUUAGCUUAUUGUUUCUUUCUGUAUUGUGCUGAGACGUUCUAAGAGAUUGGUGGGGGAACAGACAAGCCAGGCAUCACUGUGGAGUUGAAGAAGGGAUUUACUCAGACCUCGGCAUCUUCACUUGCUCGCUCUGGAAUUACAGCUAUUUAUUACAAAGUGCCCUGUGUGGCUGGGUGGAGUGUGCCUGAGGAAACACAUCCCAGACACCACCUGGGGUUAGUCUUUCUGAGCCCUUCCAGUCUCUGACUAAUUCUCGUCAUUAUCAUGGAGCCCAACAGUCCCAAAAAGAUACAAUUUGCUGUGCCUUUAUUCCAGAGUCAGAUUGCACCUGAAGCAGCAGAGCAGAUCAGAAAAAGAAGACCUACACCAGCAUCGCUUGUGAUUCUCAAUGAACAUAAUCCCCCAGAAAUAGAUGACAAGAGGGUGACCAACACCCAAGCCGAAUCACAAAAUGCAUCCCCAAAGCAAAGGAAGCAGAGCGUGUACACACCACCGGCCAUGAAAGGGGUUAAGCAUCUGAAAGGCCAGAAUGAAUCAGCAUUCCCUGAAGAAGAAGAAGGUGUAAACGAAAGAGAGGAGCAGUGGGAACAUUAAUUACGGGUCUGCAGCAAGAAGGCUUCUUGGGAAUAACUGAACCAUUAACUUUUCUGAAUAUCCCAUGGAAGGCCACUCCUUGAUUGACCUCCAGAAGCAUUCUCCACCUCUGCUCUCUACACUCAUACAGUAGUAAUACACCUCCUGGGAAGCUCUCCUUGACUGAACUUUAGAACCAAGUACAGAUUGUUCGAUAUUACUUAAAAUUAAAGAAUAAGCAUUUAUUUUAUGGUGAUUUUUCUUUUUAAUGACAUUUGCAUAGACAUUUGCAAAUAUGUGAGUGUUCUAACUUUAAUACUGCAGAGCUUAAUCCCUGAUGUCCUACUGAUGUGAUUUGCCUUCUAAGGUCAAAUGUAAAUAGCUUCACUUUAAGAGUAAAAAAUAAAUAUUAAAUACAUUUA